AUGAAGAGAUACCGACUUGACAUCCUGGGUAUCAGCGAAUGCCGUUGGGUAGGAUCAGGACGUCUCACGACAAAUGACGGUUCACUUAUCCUGUACUCUGGACACGAGAGCACACACAGUCAUGGGGUUGCCAUCAUUCUGUCUCGAGAGAAGGCCAGAACUCUCAUGGAGUGGGAACCUAUCAGCUGGUCAUUGGAGGAACCAUUUUUCCACACAAGACCAUUCAUAAGCUCACCUGAUGACCACAUCAUCAUCAAUGGCAAGUGGCAAAAGUCCCUUAAAGAUGUUCGAGUUUACCGGGGAGCUGAUGCCAAAAGUGACCACUUCCUUGUUGCCUCCUCCAUCAGGCUGAAACAUCGGAAGGUCAUCCCACAGAGUCAACAACAGAAGCGGAAACGACCGGAGAUCCCCAAACUCAAGUGUCCUCUUACCAAGACUGCAUUUGUUCUCGAGUUGAAGAACCGUUUCAGCGCUCUAGCAGGAGAAGAUAGGACAGAAGCAGACAAUGUUAGCCAGAAGUGGGAUACCAUCAAGAGUACUUACUGCACUACAGCAGAAUCAGUCCUUGGCUUCAAGAAGAAGAACAAGGAAUGGCUAACACCAGAAACAUGGAAGCUUAUUGAUGAAAGGAGAAGCCUGAAAGGGAAGCUGUUGGACUCCAAAUCACCAAGACUUGUAGAACAAGUCAGAGCAGCCUACAAGAGCAAGGAUAAGAAGGUGAAGAAAAGUGCCAGGAGUGACAAGAGAGCCUUUGUGGAAAAGUUAGCUAGUGAGGCUGAACAGGCUGCAGCACAAGGUGACAUGGGUACCGUCUACAAGAUCACCAAACAGCUUAGCGGAAGCCACAACAACUAUUCUGCUCCAGUGAAAGACAAGAACGGCAAAACCCUGUCCACAGAGAGGAAGCAAGCAGCACGAUGGGUUCAGCACUUCAAGGAGGUCCUUAACCACCCUGACCCCAGUGAACCAGCUAAUCCCACACCCGCAGAUGGUAUCCUGGACAUCAACACAGAUCCGCCCACCAGAGAGGAAGUCAGGAAGCUAUCAUUGCUUUGA